UCUUGCUUUUCCUGCCUUAUUUCUCUUUAACAACCGGUUUAGCCGCUUGAAUGUUUUUUCUAUAAUGGCAAUCAGCCCUAAGCUUUAAAAAUCUUUUCACCAGUGAUAAUGAUGACGAAUGCACGUUUACCCUUUUAAAUUCUGGGGCUUUUCUGGUUAGUGCUAGUUAGUGCUAGUUAGGAAAGCAGUUAUAACUUGUGUUUCUACCUCCUCAUUACAAUUGGAUAUAACCGGUGAUUGCUGCGUGCUGAUUGAUUUUCUCUGAAGCCCUAUCAAAAAGGCCAAAAAUGCGACAAUAAGAGAAAAAGAGAGAGAAAUCUCCAUUUUAUAUUUCACGAGAUUAGUUUUAAAAGAAACAGCAGGCCUCUGAUUUUUCGACUUACAUUUUAGCUCCAUUUUGACUGAGCUAGCCGUCAUUUAAAAAGAUAUUUGAAAAGCCAGAAAAAGCCGGAUAAAUUCACUGGACGAAGCAGAAGUAACAUACCAAUUUGAGCAUCUAAUUUUUACCGGUGCGGCUUAAUCCCUUCUUAAAUUCGUUUUUCCUCUACCUCCAAACGGUCUAAUUAUAAUCUUCCCGUAAAUAACUUAUAAUUUAAUUAAAUUUUAACGCAGAGUUGAACAACCCACAAUUUCAGUCUCGAUUGGGUGUAUAAAUAGAUUCUGGUCGACAUUUAAUGGGACUACAAAGUAAAAAAUCAGUUUUUGUUUUUUGCUCUAAUUCAAUUAUCAAGUGUUUUUUCGCAGGUAAAAGUCUACUUUAAAAACAGGAAGAAAAACACUUUUUUAUUAAGUGACUCAUUUAAUGUUCGGUGUUUUUGGUAUAAUUUGAUCUGCAUUAUCGUUCUACCAUUAUUAACAAUAUCCGUCUCGAACAUUUUGUGACUGUUGAUUGCUGAGCAACAGUUUUUUUACUAUGGCAAAACAAAAUCUUUAACGUUCAUUUUCUUAUGAGCUGGUUUGAAUUUUAAUCAUUAUUUACUUCCAAAAUAGCAAAUAAUUUUGUUUCCUAUAAAAUAUCUGCAACUAUAACUGAUUUAUGCCAAAAAAAUUAUUAAUAUUUUUUUGAAUCGCUGACUUAUUCCUUAUAUUUAGGUCCAAGUUGCAAGUUGAAACUUCUAUUUAUUCUUAAUUUCUAUUCAAACGUGAAAUUAUAACUAAUUUAUUCCUAAACUUUUAAAUCAUUUUCACUGAAUUUCUGACUUUCACCUCUCACUUACUGGCAGAAAUAUGGCACUCUAUCUGGAAACUCUGGUCAGAUCGGUUCAGAACCAGACGAACAACUUCACCAGACACACUGGCUUCAUCUGUGUGUUGACUCUGAUCGCUCUCACCAUCCUGCAGGGGUGGAUGGUCACUCUGCCCUGGGAGACAGACGACAGCAGUCUCAUCGGGGUCUCAAUCGGACUCAGCGAGGUCGGAUGUCUCAUUGGUGCCACCAUUCUGUCUGUGUUCCCGCAGAGGAGGAGACAUGUGCAUGUGCUGCUGAUGUCCGUCGGAGUAAUCGGCUGCUUCCUCGGAAUAUUCGCCAUCGACACAGGCCAUGUAGAGACCACAGUCCUCAUCAUUGCAUUCACAUGCAUAGGAAUCGCGACUAGUAUCCAGCCGAUCACAGUGAUAGUGCCGGUGAAGACGGAGGCGGAGACUUCAGUGAAUGCGAAUGCGUAUUCCAUGUGCAGACAACUGUCCUACGCGACCACCCUCAUAUUCGCAUUCAUGUACACCUACCUCGGCUGGUCCUUCCUCUGUGUGUUCACCGUCGUGUUGCUGCUCCUCGCUAUGGCUAUCACUUUCAACGUCGAAAAGGUAAGCUCUGAGCGACUUUUGACAACUGAGACGACGGAGGAAAAGGUUCCGUUUCGAGAAGCUGUCAGACACCUGCCGAUGUUCAUCUGGGCCACUCUCUUCUCCUUCUCCGCUUCCGGCUUCACCGAGGGGGUGACGAACUCAAUGGCCAUGCUGGUUCUGAAGGACAUCUGGCUCAGUGCCAAAAGCGACGCCUUCACCCGAAGUAUGAUCUGCCCUCUGAUUGCGGUCGUAAUCUACCCUUUCAUUUCAAGUUUCGUCAACCCUCGCAAACAGUUUCUUCUAGCUAUGGGACUCCUCGGCGUUUUCAUCGCCCUGUACCCUUUCAUGCCGAACGCGCUUCUCGGCUUUUUCAUGCUCACUUUCUGGAACGUCGGCAAAACUUGUAUGCAUUCGUCCGUGUACUCGGUUAUCCGAGAAGCAACCGACGAUGGUUCGGUCAUAGCACGACUUGUAGCUCUAGAACAGUGGACGUGCACUUUGUUUUACGGGCUGGCUGGUGUUAUAGGGGGGACUCUAUUCGACCAGGCAUACUGGCUUCCGUUUUUGGUAGCUGGCAUUUUGCAGAUAUUUUUGCUAGGUUGUAGUUUGCUCGCUUUUAUGAGCGACUCUCGAAGCCAUGGCCAAUCUUUCAUAGACGACGCUGUACGAGCGCUGAACGAGAAACCUGUUCCGACAUCGGAAAGCCAGCAAUACUUAGUUCUAGAAUAAUCUCAAUCUACCUUGUUCUAGAAAAGUCUAGAAGAAUCUAGAAUAUUCCAAAUGUAUAGAAAAAUCUAGAGUGAUCUAGACAAUAAUCCGAGUUCUAGAGAAAUCUAGAACAACACUUAAAUCAAAUAUAUUCUUUUAUAUGGCUAGAAAUUGACUUCAAACUGAGACUUAUGCAUAUGCAAUGAAAUAUGAUUUAUAUUUGUGUAUUUAUUUGAACCGAAACUAUUGUAUUUUAUGGGCCGAUAAGGCAACCUGCCUUUUAUGGGUAGUUUUUUAUUGUACAAUUUGAAUUGUUUUCGAAUAUAUAAAUUGUAAAUUUGGAAUGAUACUUUAAAUUCAAAACUUUUGAAGCAUUCGUGUAAAUUCGAAGCGGUUGAAGCUUUUGCGCGAUCUAUGUU